GUUGCAGGUGGACGGUUGGAAAAGAAUACUGGAAACAGACUAUAGAGAGAUCUUGCAGUUGGAGGCAUUACCAGUGUAAACUAUGGCUAACAGCAAAGAGCUCAUGCUCAGUGAUUCUGUGGGCUGUCCAGAGUUUAUUCAGGAUCUUCUUCCUUCUGCUGAGCAAACAGCUCUUCUCUAUCAUCUGUCGUAUCUGUGUUUGGGUGGAUUUCCUAGACUGGAGAGUCUGAUCAGAGAAAGAGCUCUGGAGACUCAGAUGCUGUUUGCAUCGUCUGGGGCCGUUCUGCUGAAGUGUGUCAGCACCAGUGAUAACCUGGUGACGUACCUGUUCCCGAUGCUGAUGCAUGCUGUUGAGAAUAAUGAACCCAGUGUGGCUGUGAAACACCUGGAGAAAGCCAGAAGCUGGAUUCACGACAUCAUUAAAGACGAGGAAGACAUGGUGUACAGGUAUGAUAAGCACAACACUGAUGUCGCCAAAUUAACCAAUGAAAUCAUCAUCGUGAAGUACCAAACUGAGAAAAAACAACAGCAGCAAACCGGUCAGCUGCCCAAUGUAAUUCACCUGGAUGAGGUCCUGAAGUGCCUGUCCAGAAUCCAGAUGAUCCUGAUCCAGCUCAAGAGGUUCUUGGAGAAGGUUGGCACUCUUCUGGACACCCUGAAGGACAAGACAAUCGCUGGGGAAGACUAUAUUGAAUUCCUGGAGGACAGUAAGGAGGACAUCCUUGAGUCUGUGAAUGGAGCCAAACAGGUCUGGACACAGUUCAGCCUCAGCUGCAUGAAGGCCAACGGCAUCUUCAGUGUUCAGGCAAACGAUGCCUACAAGUUCUUCGAGGUCAGUCCUUCAUCUCUGUCCAAAGAAGACUGGGAGAAAGAGUACAACCACGUCAAGGACAAGCUGGAGAACAUUAAACCGAAUGAUCGAGGUCAAAAGGUCAUCACACACUGAGAGCUGAAGGUGAUUUACCUGGGAAGAUCAAGAGCUUCUGGAUCGUCAUGUUCACUUUGAUCUCUGUCGGAAACUGAAUUCUAUUCGAAAAGUUGCUACACUUGAAUUUACGUCAUGACCGCUAGGAAAGUGUGUUCUAAUUAGAAUCUGAGUAGUGUGAAUGGAAGUCUAAGUAGUCUACUGCACUGUGAAAUAUUUUAUUAAAACACUGCAAAACUGCAAAACACUGGUGAAUAUUGUUCUUCUGGAAUGUGAUUUCUGUAUGCAUGAGGUGAUCUGCUGAAAUAAAACUACACUGUAAACAA